GGCCUUGCCCGGGUGGGGACCCCCAGGGACCAGAGCCCCGGCACCACCUCCAACCUGCCGUGGAAGGUGAGGGAACCCACAGCCAAGACGGGCACCGUGAUCACACUGUUCCUUUGCGAGAAAACAGAACACCAAUUCCACAUUCUAGGACACCUCCCCUCCCCAGACCACCCACCCACUGGCUCGCACUCCAGAAACCGCUGGGCUCGUCCAUACAGACUGGGGACAGAUCUACCCUGUGCCAAACCCCUUCAUGGACAGACAGACACCCUGGCCGUCCCUGAGCUCCUGCUGCUGACCCCGGCACAGACCCGACGGGCCAGACGGAAAGGGCUGCUCCUGGGGGCAGGUUUCUCGUUAAAGGGCCCGUCCAGGGUUACUCCUUGGGGAGGAGGGAGCAUGAGUGGUCCUGCUGGCUGCUCCCCCGCGCUGCCUGGGAACGGAGACCACGUCCAGAGUAUGACCUAGUCCCCUGGGGCAGCUGGCCUGGUGCUGGCGUCCACUGAAGACCCAGGCUGGUGGGGAGGCCCGCACGCUGGCCAGCUCCCAGCCCUUCACAGGCCUCCCUGUGGAAUGGAGCAAAUGACACCCACCCAGGUGGGUGUGUCAUCCUCACAGUGACCCCACUAGGGACGGACACACCGGGGGCCAAAGCGAGGAGACAGGCACCAUGGAAACCCAGGGACAGACCACGGCACCCACCGGGACCUCAAAGAGUGAUGAGGGCCCCCACCGGGCACCACGGACAGACCAGGGCCUCAACCAGGACACAUGGACAGACCAGGGCUUCCACCAGGGCCCCAUGGACAGAUCAGGGCCUCCACCAGGACCCCAAGGACAGACCAGAGCCAACUGGGAACCCACGGACAGACCAGCCGCCACCGGGACCCAAGAGACAGGCCAGUCCCCACGGGGACCCCACAGACAGACUAGUCACCACCGGGACCUGACGAAGAGACCAGGGCCGCCACCGGGACCCCACGAACAGACCAGGGCCCCCACCGGGACCCCACGAACAGACCAUGGUCCCCACUUGGCCCCAAGAGACACAGCACGGCGCCCACCAGGACCCCACGGAGAGACCAGGGACCCCACUGGGACCCCAUGGACAGACCAGGGCCCCACCGGGACCCCACAGAGAGACUGGGACCCCACAGACAGGCCAGUCCCCACCGGGAGCCAACAGACAGAACAGGGCCCCCACCAGGACCCCACAGCCAGAACAGGGCCCCCACCGGGAUCCCAAGGACAGGCCAGCCCCACUGGGACCCCACAGACAGACCAGGGCCCUCACUGGGACCCCAGAGACAGACCAGUCCCCACCAGGACCCCACGGACAGACCAGGGCCCCCACCGGGACCCAAAAGUCAGACCAGGGCCCACACCGGGACCCCACACACUGACCAGGGCCCCCAAUGGGACCCCACAGACAGAGCAGAGCCCCCACCGGGACCCCACAACAGUCCAGGGCCCCCACCGGGACGCCACGGACAGACCAGGGCCCCCACCAGGACACCAAAGACAGACCAGGGCCACCACGGGGAUCCCACAGACAGACCAGGACCCCCACCGGGACCCAACAGACAGACCAGGGCCCCCACCGGAACCCCACAGACAGACCAUGGCCCCCACCAGGACCCCACAGACAGACCAGGGCCCCCACAGGGAUCCCACAAUCUGACCAGGGCCCCCACCAGGACCCCACGGACAGACCAGGGCCCCCACCGGAAUCCCACAGACCAACAAGCCCCCACCGGGACCCCAUUGACAGACCAGGGCCCCCACAGGGACCCAAGGAGAGACCAGGGUCCCCACCUGGACCCCACGACAGAUCAGCCCCCCCUGGGACCCUACAGACAGGCCAGUCCCCACCAUGACCUCACAGACAGACCAGGGACCCCACCGGGAUACCCAGGUAAACAAGCCAGCACUGAGACAGCACGGUGCUACCAGGGCCCCCACCGGGACCCCACAAACAGACCAGGGCCCCAUCGGACUCCAUGGGAAGACCAGGGCCCCCACCGGGACCCCAGAGACAGACCAGUCCCCACCGGGACCCCACAGCCAGACCAGGGCCCCCACCGUGACCCCAUGUACAGACCAGCCCCCACUGGGACCCCACGCAGAGACCAGGGCCUCCACCUCGGUCACCUCUUGGACCCCAUGCAUCUGCCCUCUCUCUUCUUGUAAAUGGCAUUUUAAUGUAUUUGUUCUUCACAGAGACACGUGUGCCCAAAUCAUUUCGCGUGACCGUGUGGGUGGCCCAUACUGCCCCCUCCCUCUACCAAUGUCCCGAGUCCCCAGGUGUCACUCCAACUCGCUUUCCUCGGUGUUUUCUCCUUGUGCACAAAACUCGAUACUUACAUGUAGAACAUGAGCACGUGUGAUCUGCAGCGUAUGCUUCUGUAACUAUGGAUUUUUACUGGGGCCUUUGCAAGAAUGACGGGUUGUAUAAACGUCCCACUUCUCACCUGUGUCUUGACACCUCCAGGCCACCUGGACGCCUUCCCUCCUUGGAGGGGCUGCACACUAACCCCCUGUUGUGCUGAGCUGUGUUUCCCCAGAUUCAUAUGUUGAAACUCUGACCCCCAGAACCUCGGAAUGUGACUGUGUUUGGAGAUGGGGCCUUUACAGAGGGGAUUAAGGUAAAAUGAGGCCGAUGGGGUGAGCUCUGAUCCAAUCUGACUGGUGUCCCUAUAAGAAGAGGAGAUCAGGACACAGACCCCGGGAGGACAUGGGGAGACAGCCCUCUGCACUCGGAGGAGAGAGGCCUCACAA